ACAAUGAAUACAGAGAUGUCUUUUCGAGGAGCCCCCCCUAGCCCAGAUCCAGAAAUGCUUCCUCUUUACCCACCUUAUCCGCCCUAUCCGGCAGAUUACUAUCAUUACUCACAUCAAUACAUUGAUCCGUGGAUUCAGUAUCAGUAUUUACAAAAUUAUCAGGUUGAUCGUCAGUAUGAACAACAAGCACUACUUCCACCACCACCACCACCACCACCACAAACACCACAACCACCACUCCCUCCAAACCCGCCACCACAAACAGAGCCGUUGUCAUCACAACCAUCGCCGCAACCAUCAGCAGCAUUACCAAAACCAUCAACAAAUAAAAAGCAACCGAAACGAUCCCGAUCGAAACUAAUUUCUCGUAACCCGCCCGAGACCGACAUCAGUGAGGAGCCACCGCGGAUGCGCCUCCGAAAACUGCCAAGGGUGGAUUAUAAAAAAUAUUAUUAUAUACUCCCUCGGGCUUAGUCCACCACAGGUAAGAAACCUCCUGCACCGCUGAAGUUUCUUAAAAUGUCAAUACUGUAUAAUAAAGUGUACAUAAUA